AUGAACACACCCCCACCAUUCUCCUCCCUCCCCCCCGAAAUCCACCACCUCAUCCUCCACGACCUCACCUCCCCCCACGACCUCCUCCCCCUCCUCCUCAUCCUCCCCCACCUUACCUCCUCCCUUACCCCCGCCCAAACCCGCGCCCCCACCCCAACAACGAAACGCUCCUCCACCUCGCCGCCUCCCACAACCACUCCACCCUCCCAACCACCCCCCUCGCCUCCCCCUCCACAGACCCCAACCCCCUCGCCACAAUCCCCACCGCCUCCCCGACGGCCGCACCCCCCCACCGCCGCCCCCCGGCCACAACCGUGA